UUCAUGCCUCUUGGGACAGCGAUGCCCGUUCCCUCCGGCUGUCUCUCCCUUAAAACUGAAAAAAGCAAACCCUGAUAAAAGAAACCGAACGACCCAUUCCUCCCUCCCUCCCCUGUUCCCUCUCCAAUGGACGACUUCGCCAGGGCCUACCGGGCCUCCGGCGGCAACUACGACGACCGCCGGACCGAUUUCCGCUCCUCCAGCGGUGCCGAUUACGACCGCGGCCAACGGAGCUACUUCCACCCAGACGGCGGCGGCGCCUACGACCACGGCCACCGCGGCGACCUCCACCCCUGCGACCAGGGCGCGGGGAACGAGCUCGUGCUCUACGCCGGAGGCGCUCGGGCGAGCGACUAUGACCGCGGCUACCGGAAUGAGUUCCGGUCGAUCGGCGGCGGCAGCGGCAACCGAAGGCUGGAGAUCGUGCGGGGGAACGUGUUCAGCGCGAACCAGACCUACGUGACCCGGCCGCCGCCUUCACGGUCCACCGAUCUGUCAAUGCCUCUCCCUCCGUCUUGCCGGAACGGCGCCGCCGUCCGGCCUUACUCCUCGUUGUCGUCGUCGGGCGGGGGGUCGGGGGCGCGGUGCUUCGGCGACCCGGAGAUGAAACGGCGGCGGCGGGUGGCGAGCUACAAGAUGUAUUCGGUCGAGGGGAAGGUGAAGCAAUCCAUCCGAAAGAGCUUCCGGUGGAUCAAGGGCAAGUGCUCCGAGAUGGUGCACGGCUGAUAGGGCGGUGCGGAAGUGCGGGUCGCCGGAGAGAACCGCCGCCGGGGGUGCGGGCGGGGUGUGGAGAGGAUGGCGUUUAUGUAAGUUUAUAAAUCUAGCUUGGUCGUUUCUGGAUGAAACAUUGUUGGGGAUUGUUUGCUUACUUUCGGCCCUUAAAAAUGUACGAUUUGAAUUCUUAAAAAUAUGCUAAUCUUUCUCCGAUUUUGUUAGAUCAAUUAAAACUAGUCAAACUUUAAUGAAUUAUUUGUUGUUGCAUAAACAAAUCAUUUCUUGAAGAAUACAUAAAUUAUUGAUAAUUA